AUGAGGACUGGUGUCUUGGGAGACACCAACAACCAAGGUCAAAUAAGGACUGGUGUCUUUGGAGACAACAACAACCAAGGGCAAAUGAGGACUGGUGUCUUGGGAGACAACAACAGCCAAGGUCAAAUGAGGACUGGUGUCUUGGGAGACGCCAAGAGCCAGGGUCAAAUGAGGACUGGUGUCUUGGGAGACACUAACAGCCAGGGUCAUAAGAGGACUGGUGUCUUGGGAGACAACAACAGCCAUGGUCAAAUGAGGACUGGUGUCUUGGGAGACGCCAAGAGCCAGGGUCAAAUGAGGACUGGUGUCUUGGGAGACACUAACUGCCAGGGUCAUAAGAGGACUGGUGUCUUGGGAGACACCAACAGCCAGGGUCAAAUGAGGACUGGUGUCUUGGGAGACAAUAACAGCCAGGGUCAUAAGAGGACUGGUGUCUUUGAAGACACUAACAGCCAGGGUCAAAGGAGGACUGGUGUCUUGGGAGACACCAACAACCAAGGUCAAAUAAGGACUGGUGUCUUUGGAGACAACAACAACCAAGGGCAAAUGAGGACUGGUGUCUUGGGAGACAACAACAGCCAAGGUCAAAUGAGGACUGGUGUCUUGGGAGACACAAAACAGCCAGGGUCGAAAAAAGAGGACUGGUGUCUUGGGAGACACUAA